CCGGAAGUGAGUGCGGAUUUCUCUCUUGCUCGCUCAUCACGCACACACUUACGCACACACACCCCUUUCUUUACUCUUUGAUAGUCCUGGUGGUAGUGGUGAUGCUAAAACCCAGAGAACCGCCUGGCCGUCCUACCUGGGAUGGAUUUAGAAGAAGCUUUUCAAGUUGUCGGCGAAUUUGGACCCUAUCAGAAGCGGGCGGUGGCUGUGCUGGUUUUCACACAGGUGUACAUGGCCUGUCAGUCCAUGCUGAUUGUUCUGGUUGGAUCUACACCAGAGUACCACAUCCAGCCUCAGGACGGAGAUUCAUCCAGCCUGCCACAGGUCGUCUUCACAGAGGACAUCGACUCCAUAGUGACCGAGUGGUUUCUCAUCAAGCAGCAGGCCUAUAAGGUCAGCCUGGCCGGAUCGCUGUUCUUCGCUGGGCUUUUGUUCGGGAACGUUUUCUUCGGGCCGCUCUCGGAUAAGAUCGGCAGGAGACCUGUUUACCUGACAGGUUUGUUUUUCGAGGUGAUCUUCGGUUAUGUCACGGCCUUCGCGCCGAGCUACGAGGUGUUCGCCGUGUCCCGCCUCCUGGUGGGUCUGAUGAACGGUGGCAUCGGCCUCGUCAGCUUCGUCCUCACUCAGGAAUAUGUGGGAAAGUCCUACUGGGCCAUGACCGGGACAUUGACCAGCAUGAGUUUUGCGGUCGGCAUCGCUCUGUUCGGAGCGCUGGGUUACUUCAUCCGGCCGUGGAGGAGCCUGGCCCUCGUGGCCAACUCGUCCGGUGUCCUCUUCUUCCUGCUCUCCGUAACUCUCCCAGAGUCUCCUCGCUGGCUGUUCUCUCAGGGGCAGACCGACCGAGCUGAAGAGGUGUUGCGCUACAUGGCGCUGAGGAACGGUAACGCCUCCAAAAACCUGACGCUGCGCCGCGCUGCUGCUAAAGACGGUAGGAACAGAGGGGCGGGGGUCCUGCAGCUACUGAUCCAUCCCGUCCUCCGCCUGAGGACCAUGGUGCUCAUGUAUGUCUGGUACGCGUGCAGUCUGGUGUACUAUGGUCUGACUCUCGGGGCCACUGAGACGUCCGGGAAUCGUUACGUUAACGUGGCCAUGUACGGCCUGGUGGAGCUGCCCGCCUACCCACUCUGCAUCUACUUCAUCAACAAACACUGGGCGGGGCGGAGGAAAAGCAUGGCCAGUUUUCUGUGUCUGGCGGGAUGCGCUUGCCUCUGCACGAUGUUCAUCCCUGAAAACACAGGGACUCUGCUGAGCGUGACGUCGUUUGCGCUUCUGGGGAAACUGAUGGUCAGCGCAGCGUUCAACAUCGCCUACGUCUACACCUCUGAACUGUACCCCACAGUAAUCAGGAACGCUGGUUUGGGAGUUUGCUCCAUGUCCUGCAGAGUUGGAGGAAUCCUUGCUCCGUUUGUUCCCUCCAUGCGUGCUCUCCACACCUCCAUGCCCUUCACAGUGUUCUGCCUCAGCGGCUUCUCUGCAGGCUGCCUCGGCCUCCUGCUGCCGGAGACUCUGAACAGACCAGCGGCCGACACUCUGGAGGAGCUGAGCAGCAACACACAAUACAGAGUGCUGGAGAGCAAGGCUCUUUUGUACGAAGAUGACAAACUGAAAUCGAACCACAAGUGAAGCCUUCAUCAUUCCUCAUCAAGCUGCUGCAUCAGAGAAACAUCGGUGACCGGUCCCUUUUUUAAAUUGCCUCGAAGGACUGAUCACCUUGUUAACGUCUCUGAACUCACAACGCUGGGGACGUAGAAGCUGCUCUGCCUUCAGGACGAAGGUGUCAUUCCUCCUGUGUGUGAGCUCGCAGACAAACACAGUCGCCAAACUGCCUUUCUAUUUAAAUUCCUGAAAAUGAACAAGGUGUUCGUGCCUUACCUGGAGGCACACAGGGCGGCAACGACACGUCUGUGACUUUAAUUACAUUCCAGAGAGGGCGGAGAAGUGGGAAAAUCCAACUUGCUGCUCGCAGGAAGGACAGGUUUUUCAAAAUAAAGUUUACUGACAAGAAUAAACAUUCCUGAAAAAAAACAGUCAGGUUAGAUUUAUACGGAGCACAAUUAUUUUUCAGAGGAAAAAUUCACACACACACACACGUAUAGUCUGACCUGCUGAUUCCCAUCGACCUUCUGUCUAAGACCAGCAUUUUCUGUAGCUUUCCUUCAUGUUCAAGUUUAAAUCAAUUGUAUUUUAUAGUAAAACAUUGACUACUAAAUAAUAAUGUGUUUACCGUUUGUUGUUGACUCAAGAAGUUAAUGAUUUCUCCAAUCCACGCACCAUAACUGUACAGCAAACAAACAGAUUCAUGUAGCUUUACUUUGUGAAAACAGUCAAAUCAAGUUGAAUUUUUACAUAAUAAAACAGACCAUUGAAAUACAAUGUCUCAAAAUCUGCACAAAUGUACAGAUCUUCUUCACUCAAACUCAUCUCCAAACUAAAACGUGCUCCAGGUUUUAUUAAAGAGACCCUAUUAUGCCUUUCUGGGGGUUUCCCUUUUCUUUUAGUGUAGGUUUAGUGCAUGUAAAUGGUCUGCAGAGGCUACAAUCCCAAAGGGAGUUUCUCUAAAAGGUCACUAAAGAGGUUUACUUUUGAAGAGCCUUUAUCGAUGUUAAAUAAGAGUAAAAACACUGGAGAGAAAACCUUCAGCAGCCUUAAAGCUAAUGCUUGUAACCAGAAAAACUUCGUAUGGAGCAAAGAGAGUCACAUAUAGCACCCCGACCAGCAGAUAUUUAAUGCCGUUCCUCAAGUGUUCGAGUUGUGAUCAUGCAGUGAGGGCCUCGUGGUGGUGAAAUCAGAAAACCCUUUUUAGUCCGAUGGGACCAAAACAUUUCCAUUCACUACGAUUUCUAUUUAUUUAUUUCCUCUUUAAGUUCUGUGUCUGGGUUCUGUGUGUGUUGGUUGCCAACAAAUCUAUCAGUCAAAAGACUCGAUCAGACAUCAUGCUGCGGACUGUGAAGUGAAUGUGUAGUCAUUUUAAAUUGAAAUCUUCUUCUGAAUGUGUGCAUCAUUACCUCCUGUGCCUUCCUCUUUAACUCUAAGGUUAAGAUAUCAGAUGUAAAGUGUUACAAGUAAAUAUAUUAUAUAAGAUAUUAUUGAGAUGCCAAUUUUGAAUUGUGUGUACAAUCAUAUUCCGAUGUAGAUAUACUGUCUCUGGGUGCCAUUUACGUGAACAGUAAACAGUUGAAAACAUCAUAAAUCAGUUACUA